AUGCCCUCAGCCUUCAGGAGAAGUUUCCAGGUAGCUGCGUUUGCAAAGCUCCACAGCGCGGCUGUCUGCGUCCAGAACAGAUCUUACGGCAGCACUGGCAACGGCACGCCUUAUGGUCUAGCCUACGGCUCCUACACGCAGUACGAGAUCGACGCUGCGGCUACCAAGUGCGCCUGCACCAUGUACAAGGCCCGUAACACUGGCAACGAACAAUGGGACAAGUGCCCUGAUUGCACCUUCGAUGGUCUCCAGUGCAUUUCCAACGGCUGGCACAUUGGUGGCGAUGAGUUCGACUACUACUGCGAGGAGAAGUGCGGCGCCGAAGGAUCCGAGGCCAACUAA